AUGGCAUCGUCAAUCCCAGGUCCUGUGCCCCUCCCUGACUCUCGUUAUGAUCUGUCAACAUACAUUGGCAGAGUCAAACAUUGUGCCGAGAUUUCGGACCCUACCAUGCUUCUUUCAUCCAAAAGAGACAUCGAGGAAUCAAAGCGUCUUAUUUGGGACUACAGAAAUGGUGUUAUCCCUGAAAUGAGCCCAAGGCUAUGGCGUGCCAAGAAAAUACUCGACUCUACAAUUCAUCCAGAUACAGGUGAGACUGUGUUCUUACCAUUCAGAAUGUCAUGUUGUGUGCUUUCGAAUUUGGUUGUUACAGCUGGUAUGUUAACUCCGGGUUUAGGCAAUUUGGGAACUGCAUUUUGGCAAAUUGCCAACCAGUCAUUGAAUGUUGCUGUUAACACCGCAAAUGCAAACAAAUCACACCCUCUGACGACGAAGCAACUGGCUACUUCAUAUUUCCUGGCAGUCGGCGCAUCAUGUGGUGUAGCACUAGGAUUAAACUCUGUUGUUCCAAGACUGAAAAACGUUUCUGCCGGUACUAAAUUAAUCCUGGGUAGAUUAGUGCCUUUUGCCGCUGUUGUCUCAGCAGGUGUUGUCAACGUCUUCUUAAUGAGAGGCCAGGAGAUCAAAAAAGGUAUCACUGUUUUCGACCAAGAUGGUAAUGAAUUAGGUACUUCCAAGAAGGCAGCCUUCCAAGCUGUUGGAGAAACUGCUCUUUCUAGGGUCAUCAACGCCACUCCUAUCAUGGUUGUUCCACCCUUAAUCUUGAUUCAAUUACAAAAAUCCGUUCUCAAGAAUAAAUCACUUGGAGUUCUCACUUUUGCAAAUCUUGGUUUGAUCUUUUCUACAUCAUUAGUUGCCUUACCAUUUGCCUUAGCCGUUUUCCCACAAAGAAGAUUUGUACAUGCAUCAUCCUUAGAAGAGAAGUUUCAUGGCUUGAAAGACAAGAACGGAGCUGAAAUCGAUACUGUUUGGUUCAACAGAGGUAUCUGAUUUCAAGUGAAAAGUCAGCAAAACCAUACUCUCGUCCUUUUUUUCUGUAACAUAAAACAGACUGGGAAUCCAUUGUUUUGUAUAAUUCAUGAUUAUAGAGACAUAUAAUUUUAGAUAAUAGCUUUGUACAAUGUAAUAAUACCUUGAUACAUGUCAAUACAAAAAUAAUUUUUUC